AUGACCAACAACGACAAGCCGCCCUACAUCUCCGGCCCGGCCGACGCCUCCACCGGACGCCCCGCGACGUUCGUCUUCCUCCACGGCUACGGCGAUGACGCCGAAGGCCUCCCUCUCGGCCUGGCCCAGCAAUUCCAAUGGUACAACAAGCUGCCCUACCUGAAAUGGGUGCUGCCCAACGCGCCCUUCAACCCCGCCUCCGCGUCACGGGCCUGGUACCAGCCCAAGGCGCUGCCCAACAGCCUCAAGCCGCGUGUGCCGGGUCAGGAGGAUGAAGAAGCGGCGGGCCAGGAGCCGGAUGAUGAGGACGGCAUACUGCGGGCGUGUGACCUACUGGAUGCGUAUGUGGCGGAGGAGAUCGAGAAGGGAACGCCAAAGGAGCGCAUUGUCGUGGGUGGCUUUAGUCAGGGCUGUGCGAUCAGCCUGGUGUGGGGCGUGAUAGGAAAGCAGAGGAACAAUGUGGCCGGCGUCGUGUGCUGCAGCGGAUACUUCCCGUUGGCAGAGAGAAUAGCAGAGUUGAAGCGUGAACGGGGGAUCGAGGAAGGGGACAAGGACAGCAAGAAGUGGUUUUAUAUCCACGGGAGCAAGGAUAUGUUGGUACCGACGAGUCUGUUUACCAGGGGCAAGGAAGAGCUGGGCAAGUGGAUUGGUGAAGGUGAGUUGGAAGAGCAUCUGUAUGAAGGCAUGGGCCACAGCACCAACAACAACCUGCUAAGGGACUUGCUUGGGUUCUUGACGCAAGUGGUCCCUCCCUGA